AUGGUGUCCCCUACACCAUCGCCGCCGGCCCAGACGUCGACUCCCACACAGGCAUCUGCCCCCCGCAGACCGCCGCGCAAGAGCACCCUCACGCAGCAGCAGAGAAACCAGAAGAGGCAGCGUGCCACCCAGGACCAGCUCGUCACACUCGAGGUGGAAUUCAACAAGAACCCCACGCCCACAGCCGCUACUCGCGAGCGGAUAGCCGCCGAGAUCAACAUGACCGAGCGCUCAGUACAGAUCUGGUUCCAGAACCGACGCGCCAAGAUCAAGAACAUUGCUAAGAAGAGCAUUGAGAACGGUGAUGACUGCAACGACAUCCCCGAGUCGAUGCGGAGAUAUCUCGCCCUCCAGGCCAUGGAGUCUGGCAAGUCGAUAGGAACAAACUUUCUCGGGCGAACUGGCGGCAUGCCCUACGGCAGCGGCAUGUUGCUCAACACCGACGCCAACAACUCCAAGGUUGUCAUCCACCACUUUGCCUGCCGCUCCCUGAGCAUCGGAAGCUGGCGACGAGUGGGCCAAAGCGCAAUGGACCUGGUUGUCUUCUACUCGCCCGAGAAGUGCUGCAUCACCUACUACAUCAACAAUGACUCGGCUGGCUACAAGAUUGAGUACCCCUUCUCGUACAUCAAGAACAUCCAGCUAGAGAACGGCGACAUGACGGCAAACGCCGAGGGAGCAUCUCAACGCCCCGGAGGCUUGAUUGUCGAGCUCAACCGCCCGCCCAACUUUUUCAUGGACUCGUCUGGUUCCGGUGGUUUCUUCCAGUGCGGUGACUUCACCGAGGACCAGCAAGCUUCCAACAUCAUGGUGCACCACCUCGGCGGCCACCCCAAAGUGUUGAGCGGGCAGCUGGCCAAGCUCGUGUCACUGGAAUCGUUUCAGAACCGACACAACAUGUACGACCCCAACGCUUUUGCCGUCUCGGCACCAGUGUCGCCAAUCAACCACCGCCCAGCGUCACAACCCAACCACCUGGUGCACCCGCACAUGGCCGUGUUUCAAGAAUCGCACCUGGCGCCUGCGCCUUUCCAGCCUCGUGGCCACAAGCGCCAGCGUAGCCGGUCGGUGCCUGUUGCCAUGGACUUCUCCAUGCUUCGCAACCCCAUGCCAUCGUUCCUGAUCCAGCAAGAGCCAUCGCCAUACAUGCCUAGCCCAGAAAUAUUCGCGCCGACACCGCAGAGUGCAGGCCCGAUUGGCCCGCACCUGAGCAUCGACACGUCUGCUGGAUACGGCAUGGAUUACCGACAAUACCCCAUGUCGGCGACCACGACCAACUCACCCUCGGAGUACGGCACGCCUGCCUUCUACUCGUCGGGCCCGCCCAACGAGAGCGUGCCGGCAUCCAACUACGGGGCGUACAACAUUCCUCCCUAUGUGCACACGCCCAUGGGGCCACCUCCCCACUCUGCACCUGGCCACUCGCCCAUGCCAGCCAUGAACCAUCCCGACCCCAUCAUUGCCAACCAGUCGCCGCCGCUGGGUUCGUAUGGACGCGACAACCACGGCGACGUGUACCCCAUGUCGCACGACAAUGGCAUGUCGGACGAGGCGCUGCAGAUGACGGACAUGUAUGCCAAGCAAAGCCUCAACAUGCCCUUCAGGUCGCCCCUACUUGACGAGAACAACGACGACUUGGACAUGCAAAAUUUGGUGUCUUUCAGCACGAUUGACCCGUCGAGCCUGUCGCCCGAGCAUCAUCAGAUGUAA